AUGGUGAGAAGCUUCCCGUCGCCCUCAUUCCAUCUUCCCGUCGCCCUCAUUCCAUCUUCCCGUCGCCCUCAUUCCAUCUUCCCGUCGCCCUCAUUCCAUCUUCCCGUCGCCCUCAUUCCAUCUUCCCGUCGCCCUCAUUCCAUCUUCCCGUCGCCCUCAUUCCAUCUUCCCGUCGCCCACAUUCCAUCUUCCCGUCGCCCUCAUUCCAUCUUCCCGUCGCCCACAUUCCAUCUUCCCGUCGCCCUCAUUCCAUCUUCCCGUCGCCCACAUUCCAUCUUCCCGUCGCCCUCAUUCCAUCUUCCCGUCGCCCUCAUUCCAUCUUCCCGUCGCCCUCAUUCCAUCUUCCCGUCGCCCUCAUUCCAUCUUCCCGUCGCCCUCAUUUCAUCUUCCCGUCGCCCACAUUCCAUCUUCCCGUCGCCCUCAUUCCAUCUUCCCGUCGCCCUCAUUCCAUCUUCCCGUCGCCCUCAUUCCAUCUUCCCGUCGUCCUCAUUCCAUCUUCCCGUCGCCCUCAUUCCAUCUUCACGUCGCCCUCAUUCCAUCUUCCCGUCGCCCUCAUUCCAUCUUCCCGUCGCCCUCAUUCCAUCUUCCCGUCGCCCUCAUUCCAUCUUCCCGUCGCCCUCAUUCCAUCUUCCCGUCGCCCUCAUUCCAUCUUCCCGUCGCCCUCAUUCCAUCUUCCCGUCGCCCUCAUUCCAUCUUCCCGUCGCCCUCAUUCCAUCUUCCCGUCGCCCUCAUUCCAUCUUCCCGUUGCCCUCAUUCCAUCUUCCCGUCGCCCUCAUUCCAUCUUCCCGUCGCCCUCAUUCCAUCUUCCCGUCGCCCUCAUUCCAUCUUCCCGUCGCCCUCAUUUCCCGUCCCGUCGCCCUCGUUUCCCUUCCCGUCGCCCUCAUUUCCCUUCCCGACGCCCCCAUUUCCCUUCCCGUCGCCCUCAAUUCCCUUCCCGUCGCACUCAUUUCCCGACCCGGCGCACUUAUUUCCCUUCCCAUCGCCCUCAUUUCCCGUCCCGUCGCCCUCAUUUCCCUUCCCGUCGCACUCAUUUCCCUUCCCGUCGCCCUCAUUUCCCUUCCCGUCACCCCCCAUUACCCUUCCCGUCGCAAACAUUACCCUUCCCGUCGCCCUCAUUUCCCUUUCCGUCGCACUCAUUUCCCUCGAGUCCUCCCUCCCCCUCAUCCGCCCUUCCUCCACCUCUCCAUCCUCUCAUCCUCCCUUCAUCUCAUCCUCCCUUCCUCUUAUCCGCCCUUCCUCUCAUCCUCCUUUCCUCUCAUCCACCCUUCCUCUCAUCCUCCCUUCUCUCAUCCUGUCUCCCUCUCAUCCUCUCUCCCUCUCAUCCGCCCUGCGUCUCGACCUUCCUUCCUCUCGUCCUCCCUCCCCGUCUUCCGCCCUCCCCCUCAUCCGCCCUCCCUCUCAUCCUCCCUUCAUCUCAUCCUCCCUUCCUCUUAUCCGCCCUUCCUCUCAUCCUCCUUUCCUCUCAUCCUCCCGCCCUCUCAUCCGCCCUUCUCUCAUCCUCUCGCCCUCUCAUCCGCCCUCCCUCUCAUCCUCCCUUCAUCUCAUCCUCCCUUCAUCUCAUCCACCCAUACUCUCAUCCUCCCUUCCUCUCAUCCUCCCUUCCUCUCAUCCUCCUCUCCUCUCAUCCUACCCUUCCUCACAUCCUCUCUUCCUCUCAUCCUCCCUUCCUCUCAUCCGCCCUUCUCUCUCUCAUCCUCCCGCCCUCUCAUCCGCCCUUCUCUCAAGGGCUCGCCCUCUCAUCCUCUCUCCCUCUCAUCCUCUCUCCAUCUCAUCCUCCCUUCAAGAAAUCCACCCAUCCUCUCAUCCUCCCUUCCUCUCAUCCUCCUCUCCUCUCAUCCUCUCUCCCUCUCAUCCGCCCUCCCUCUCAUCCUCCCUUCAUCUCAUCCUCCUUUCCUCUCAUCCUCCCUUCCUCUCAUCCGCCCUUCUCUCUCUCAUCCUCUCUACCUCUCAUCCUCCCGCCCUCUCAUCCGCCCUUCCUCUCGUCCUCCCUUCCUCUCGUCCUCCCUCCCCUUCUUCCGCCCGCCCCCUCAUCCGCCCUUCCUCUCAUCCAACCUUCCUCUCAUCCGCCCUUCCUCUCAUCCUCCUUUCCUCUCAUCCGCCCUUCCUCUCAUCCUCCCGCCCUCUCAUCCUCCUUACUUCCCUUCCUUUCGCCCAUGGCCCCAUCCCUCCACCUGCUUUUCUCGCUGCGUUCACCUUAGGCUUCGAUGGCGAACCAUCCAGUGUCGAGUGUGUGUAGCGCAUUCAACCAGCGUCAUUAUACUGUCCACUGGAAACUCAGAUCCCCAGUUUGCUACCUGCGUGUGGGGCUAA